GGCUGAGAAUGCAGCAGUGAAGAGCAGGCUGGUUGUGGCUGAGACGGACGUCAUGGAGCUGAGGAGCGAGAACGAGGACCUGAAGAGCAGACUGGCGGCCACUGAGACGGACGUCAUGGAGCUGAGGGGCGAGAACGGGGCCCUGAAGAGCAGACUGGCGGCCACUGAGACGGCACAGGAGAGGGAGACCCAAACAACACCCAAGGUGCUAGGGCUGCACGAUUCAUCCAAAAUAAUCGAAAAUCGUGAUAAAUUAGUGAAAUCGAAGUCGAAAUUUUAAUCGUGAUUUAAUCGUGGCAAUAGUGACCUACUUUUGAGAGCGUCCUUGAAGCCAGAACAUCCGUCCACCUGUCCAAGUUUCAUGCUAUUGCCUUUACAUAAUUAUUACAGUUCAUUUUAUUUUGCUCAUCCCGUAUAUAGUUAAUUCUUGGUUAUAUUUCAUCUUGUUAUAAUUUUCAAAAAAAUCUGCAAAAAAUCAAUAAUCGUGAUUAAUAAUCGUGAUUACGAUUUUGACGAAAAUAAUGGUGAUUAUGAUUUUUUUCCAUAAUCCCUACAAGGUGGCCUUCUCUGCAGCCUUGCCUUCAGGAUUCACUGUGGCCGGGAGCAGCAACCUGAACGUAGUGUUCAGUGAAGUCAUCACUAAUGUAGGAGAGGCCUACAACGGCGAGAACGGCUUCUUCACAGCUCCAGUCAGGGGGGUCUACUACUUAAGGUUCAGUGUGAUGGAUCUUCUCAACACGCGCACCAUGAACAUCUGGUUGCAUAAGAACGGAGAGCAGCUGAUGUGGCUGACUGAGUACGGCGCUGAUGGACAGCCCGGCUACCUGUCCAGUGGCCUGGCUCUGCAGCUGGAGAAGGGGGACGCGGUGAACCUGGUGCUGCCUGCAAGCAUGAGGCUCUGGAAUUGGGAACGUGAAAACCAAAGCACCUUCAGUGGCUUCCUGCUCUUCCCUCUCUGAUGAACGGCAUCAUGACCACAACUCCAGUCAUUUUGGUGAUUAUUUGUUUGACAAAUGAUGAAUGUAAAUCAUUGUCAUGAUCAAAUAAAUUUCUCUUUACGUAACUGCAAAUCUGUCUGGUUAUCAUUACGCACAUUUAUAACGAACUACAUGAGGCUCUGGAGUUGGGAACGUCAAAACCAAAGCACCUUCAG